CGGCUGGCCCGGGCAGGCCCGGGAGCGCGGCCCGGCCGCUUCCGGGAGCGCGGGAGGCGGAAGCCGCCGCGAUGUGCCUGUUGAGCAAUGUGAUCCACGGGCCCUACAAUCAGCCACCAUGAAGGACCUGUGAUGAGUUUCAAAUCUGGACCAUCUUGGAUUAUGUGAAGGACUCUGUGUAUGAGAUAUCUACACUCUCUUGAGCUUUCCUCUGUCCCACCAUGACACCUUGCACUUCUGGUUAAAUCUGUUGUUCAGUUUUGCUUUACACAGCAAGUUUCUUCAGAAGAGGAAGAAGGGAUUUCCUUUCCAGAGGGCGUGUGUUGAUUCACGUGUCACUUGGAGAGUUGUCCCCCAGCUCCUGAUCAGAACAUGUCCUCACACAGCCACGUAAAGCAGCAGGGAACCUGACUGGCUCCUGCCCUGCCUGGAGACCAGUGUACGUGGGCUUCCGUUUGCCAGCUGAAAGUUGUUUCUUUGCAAGUGUACUGAGAAACAAGCCCGAGGAGCUCUUUCAGAGAUGAUUUAUGCCAGCCAUGUCACUGGCUGAAUGGGUCUCCCAACCCUCUGACUCUGUGGGCCUUUGUUAGUCACACUGGGAGCUGGUGACCCGCGACGUUCAUGUUGAGCGUGUUGUGUUUUAAGGUUCUGAGGAAAAUGCAGAGAAGGCACAGCAGCAACACGGACAGUGCUCCUCCUGAAAGAAACCGGAGCCAAACAGUCAGUUCUGAAACCAGCGUGGAUGAAAGUGGAGUGUUUGAAAGUCUGAAGGCUGAAGCUUCCUCACCACAGCAGCUGUUCUCAGGCCUGGCAGGUAUCCCGUCGGGCACCAUCACAGCCACACCGUUCCAGUCAGGUUUGGUUCUGGGCUCCUCAGCAGGAGGUGGGGAAGUGUUCAUUCAGAUGCCAGGCCCCCGGGAGGAAGGGACCAGUCGUACUGAAGGAGCCCCGUUUCACCACCGGCAGUCGUCCCAUCACUUCCACCACGGCCACCACCGGGGUUCUUCUCUGCUGCACAUGGCAGGAGGGGACCGCCACGGGCACGCUGAGGAGGGCAGUGAGGAACAGGCUGGGACUCCAGCCCCAGCUCUGUCAGAAUUAAAAGCUGUGAUCGGUUGGCUGCAGAAGGGACUUCCCUUCAUCUUGAUCCUCCUGGCUAAAGUUUGUUUCCAGCACAAGCUUGGGAUCGCCGUGUGCAUCGGCAUGGCCAGCACCUUCGCCUACGCCAACUCCACGCUUCGAGAGCAGGUUGCUCUGAAGGAGAAGAGAUCAGUGUUGGUUGUCUUGUGGAUCCUGGCCUUUCUUGCUGGAAACACCUUGUACUUGCUUUACACAUUCAGUUCUCAGCAGCUGUACAACAGCCUUAUAUUCCUGAAACCCAACCUGGAGAGGCUGGACUUCUUCGACCUGAUGUGGAUUGUAGGGAUUGCAGACUUUGUACUCAAGUACCUCACUAUUGCCUUGAAAUGCCUGAUUGUUGCCCUGCCUAAGAUCAUCCUAGCUGUCAAGUCCAAGGGAAAGUUUUAUCUGGUUAUUGAGGAGCUGAGCCAGCUGUUCCGCUCCCUUGUCCCCAUCCAGCUGUGGUAUAAGUACAUCGUGGGAGAUGAUCCAUCCAGCAGCUACUUCCUAGGUGGGAUCCUAAUCAUCCUGUACAGCCUCUGCAAGUCUUUUGACAUCUGUGGUCGUGUGGGAAGUGUCCGGAAGGCACUGAAGGUGCUUUGCACCCCACAGACCUAUGGAGUCCGUGCUACCAGCCAGCAGUGCAGUGAGGCAGGUGACAUCUGUGCCAUUUGCCAAGCAGAAUUCAGGGAACCUUUGAUCCUUAUGUGCCAGCACGUGUUCUGUGAGGAGUGCCUCUGCCUCUGGUUUGACAGGGAGAAGACCUGUCCUCUUUGUCGUUCUGUCACUGUAGAAACCCUGCGGUGCUGGAAAGAUGGCACCACCUCUGCUCAUUUCCAGGUGUAUUAAAACCAACACAUCCCAACACAUGGAAUAACCUGGAUGGAGAGAAGAAAAAGCUGGAAAACCUAGUGAUCCCAUGCCCCUAUUUAGUUGCCUGUGGAUUUG